CGGAGGUGAGUCGAGGAAGACAAGGACACACACACACACACACACCAACCGUCACUGAGGUGUCAGUCAGACAUGACUUUUAACACAACUGCCACACUAAUGUGACCUGAGAGGACUUUAACUCCACCAUGGUUUAUUUAGGAGUCUGCUGCGCCAGCCUCAAGGACAACAAAGCCCUGAUGAAGAUGGGGCUGGGGCUGGUGCUGGUGGGUCACGUCAACUUCCUUCUCGGCGCGCUGGUGCACGGCGCCGUACUGCGGCACAUAAACGUGCACUCGCAGGCUCGGACCAUGGUCUACGCCAUCUCUAAUGUCAUCGCCAUUGUGGCCGGGCUGGUGGGAAUCAUCGGGGGAAUAACAGCCAUCAUCUUGUCCAAAAACAAGAGAAACCGGAUCCUGCAGUGGGUCCUGUUGGUGCUCGGCUUCCUGGCCGGACUCUUGGCCGUCGCCUCCACGUUGGGCUUGUCGGUGUCUAUGGUCAAAGCCAUUAUGGACAAAGGCAAAGGUCUGCUAACACACUGCACGUUCUCUGCUAAAGACGUCGGCUCUUCCAGCAUCACGUACGAAUGCCCCUUCGAUCCGACGCGGAUCUAUGCGACUACAAUCAUUCUGUGGGUGCCUCUCAUCUUAAUGUCCGUGGUGGAGUCGGUGUUUUCGUUCCGCUGCUUCGCUGCUUGCACGACGUUACUCUACCUCUGUCCCUGCAGGAGGAGGCCGACCCGGGCGAGGAGGGUACGUAUCCAAAGGCCCGAAACCCCGACACCGGUCCCAGAGCCAAAGGUAGACGCUGAACCCGGGCCUGCUGAGCACGACGACCUGCUGGACGGCACCAACGGAGCCGAGCAGAGUCACUGGCUGUGAACCUGCUGAAACCAAAAUGACAUUCGUUUCCCCAUCAUCUGUGAAGUUGUCUGUUACACACUUAACGUCAGGAGGAGACAUUUGUGGGACCUCAGUGGAAAUUUAGUACCAUUUCUGUUUGUCGUUGGUUUGAAAAGCUCCAGGUUUUUUUAUAUGUAUUCACAUUAUCUUGAAGUGUUUUUUCCAUUUCUUUUUAAAAUGCAGUAACCAAAUAAGACACUGUUGUGUAUAUCGUCUUUUUAUGGCAGUUUUUAUUGGUGUUUUAAAACGUGGUCAACACACACACACGCCCGGGGUCUGUGUGACACACUGUAGGUGUCAUUUGUUAUCAAUCUUGUGAAAGUAAACUUCCUUGCUUUUGAUUUCAGAAUACAAAUAUAUACAACACGUGAA